CCUGUUUCUCCUUUUCGAUCUUAACUCAUAAAUUAUGGCUGUCCACAAAGCUCCAAACUGCCUUAUACAAUUACUGCUGCUGGUGUGGAAAAACUUUUCAAUGCUUCUCGGACGGAAAUGCUAUAUGAUGGGCCUUAUAAUUUUCUUUGCUAUCAUUCCUCUAAUAUUAAUGUCACUUAGGCUUAUACCUUUACUAAGAAGGAAGCCACAAAUUCGUGGACCAAUACCAACUUUUGGGCUUCAUGGCCGAAUUCCUUCUAACAUUUAUUUUUCGCCACAAGCUCCAUUACUUGAGGCGCUUGUGAAAGAAAUAAACGGUAGCAAAAUCACAGCUUUCCAAAAUUCUCGAAAACUUCAAGAAGCGUUAGUCGAUUUUCCUGAUGAGAACGAUGUUGUGAUUGGAAUUGAUUUUGCCGAAGGCUGGACCGAAUGGCCAGACCAAUUAUCGUUCGUACUCCGUGUCCCCAAGCUAUCUGCUUCAGAUGAUGACAUGUUUGGACUGUUUGGAUCUUACUCAUAUUAUGAAAACGGCUUCUUAGCCGUACAGCAGGCAUUGAGUAAAGCACACAUUAAUCACAAGUGUAAGCAGUUGAACAAGUGUCCGAAGGAAAUUAAGUUUCCGGAGUUUAGAGACCUUCCAUCCCCUCCCAUUUUUGCGACAGUCUACACAAAUUAUUUGCAAACCAUAGGACAAUUUUUCAUUGAAAUGAUUGCAUGUUUCGUGGUCGUUACUUUGACAAAGUAUAUUGUCCAGGAAAAGGAGCUCCAGCUCAAGGAGACAUUGCACUUACUGGGAGUAGGCUCCGGCUUGCAAUGGCUGGCCUGGUACGUCCAAUCGUUCAUUAUUCUCCUUAUAGGAUCGGCGGUUUUAACGCUAUGCUGGAAAGUCGUGCUUCCGAAUUCGGAGAUAUCCUUCUUGCCGUUCACCCACUGGUCACUAGUUCUGUUCGUUUUGCUCGUGCUCGGCCACUGUUGGAUCUGCUUCAGCUUCCUGAUGAGUAGCCUGCUCUCCACAACGAGCCUACUUCCUCUGAUCACUGUCCUUUCUGUGCUUGCCACACAAUUUCCCUAUUCCUUUUUGCACUCGGUUGGUUGUCCGCUGGGCCUGAACGCUUUCAUCAGUCUUUUCCUAUUGUCUGGUUACACCUUGUUGGUCGACGGCGUCUGCAAUUGGGAUUUCUAUGGUGUGGGCCUGCAGUGGGAUAAUCUGUUCGAGAUCGCGUGGCCAGGCGACACUAUCAGCGUUGGCCAUAUCCUGCUGAUCAUGCUUUUGGCCAGUUUUGUGUCCCUGCUUAUCUGUCUGUACAUGGAGCAAAUCCGGCCAGGUACUUACGGAGUACCCCGUCCCUGGCAUUUCCCCUGCUCCUGCUGCUGCCCCACCGAAAACCUGCUGCCCUACAAGCGGCUCUUCUACAGGUGUCUCGGGAUAAAUAGGGCUGCUCCGGAUGUGGAACGUUCCGAAGUCGAACUGAUUGAGGCAGAUCCCGAGGGCAAAACAGUCGGCGUUCAGAUAAUAGGCCUCAGCAAGACCUUUGGCAAAAUGGAAGCUGUGAGGCACAUCAGUUUCGAUAUGUUCGAAGACCAGAUUACGGUGCUGAUGGGGCACAAUGGAGCCGGCAAGACCACGCUGAUCAGUAUGCUGGCUGGAUUCAUUCCUCCCACUUCGGGCACGGCUCUGGUAAAUGGCUAUGAUAUCCAGAGGGAGCCCCGGCAGGCCCGGAGUUGCAUAGGCCUGUGUCCGCAGCAGAACGUCCUCUUUAAGCACCUCAGCUCGGCCAGUCACAUAUGGUUCUUUAGCCGGCUCCGGGGACUCAGAGGUGCGGAGGUCAAGGCCGAGGUGGACAAGUACCUGGAGAAGCUCAACCUAAAGGGGAAGAAGAAAGCGGCAGCCCGGAAUCUAUCAGGCGGAACCCAGCGGCGGCUGAGUGUCGCAUGUGCCCUCUGCGGGGGCGUCAAGGUACUUAUUUGCGACGAGCCCAGCACAGGAUUAGAUCCCGGUGCCCGGCGGGAACUGUGGAAACUAAUCCUGGAGGCAAAGAAGGGUUGCACUGUUAUGCUGACCACCCACCAGUUGGAUGACGGGGAGGUCCUGAGCGAUCGCAUGGUCAUUAUCAGCGAUGGGCAGGUGCGCUGCAUUGGAUCGCUGCCCUUCCUCAAGAAACAGGUGGACGCCAGUUGCCUGCUCACCUGCGAAACCAGGAAACGAUGUGACGUGGACAAGCUGACUUCAUUGAUAUCCCUUCAUGUGGGCAGUAUCAUCCCUUUCAGCAUCAUGGGUCGUGAUGUUUGCUACAAGCUGCCGUUAAGUAAGUCAAUUUCGUUUUCCCGGAUGUUCCGGGACUUAGAGCAUCAGAAAAAUGAUCUGAAGGUUCGUGGAUUCGGCAUGAGUUCUGUGGGUUUGGAGGAGAUUUUCAUGAGCUUCGGGGAGGAGGAGCGCGAUUCCCGGAAUUCUGGCGGGGCUGAGAAAAAUGACGAGGCCGACGACGAUGUUGAGAAUGAGGAUUAUGACCAAGAAGAAAGUGAACCCAAUUGCGGAAGCCAGUGGAGGGCGAUGAUGAUCAAGAAGUAUUUGUCUUUCUUUGAGAACAAGGUUUACUUCGUGCUGCUUUUGUUAAUUCCCAUUGUCUACUAUCUGUCGACGCUAAUAAGUGCUACGGAUCCCCAGAAUUUGCCCAGAGUGAGCAUGAAUGUCCAAGAGUACGGUAGCUACGGGGUCAGCAUUUUGGUUUCAGAUCCCGAAAGAUCCGGAGAAAUGAGCCCUGCAUAUUAUACCAUCGCUAGAUUGGCCGGAACAAACGUUGUGGUGAAGACAAUAGAUGAGCCUAUGGAGGAGUAUGUGAAGAACGCCUGGGCGACACCAGAGGGAAAACAUGAGAUUAUGUUCAUGCCGAUGGCUGUCGAACUAGCAAGCCCUCUAGUCGGGUGGGUCGGGCCCAGACACUUUCUUUAUGCGGCGCCCAUGACCCUCAAUCUCGUCUACAAUGUGAUGGCCCACGAGCUCCUCGGCCCCGAAAUCAGACUGAAGGUGACCAGCGCUCCAUACCAGAAGAGGAGCACCGUCUUAAAUUUGUUUAUCGACGAUAGAACAUUGCGGUUCCAAACGUACGUGAUGUGUUAUGUGGGCUUGGCAAUGAUCCUGUUCUCACAUUUGAUUAUCCAAGAGAGGGACUCGCAUAUGAAGAUGCAGCAGGAGGUGUCCGGACUGAGCAUGGUCACUUAUUGGCUGAGCCACCUGGUGUUCGACAUGCUGGUCUAUUCAAUAUUGGCGCUGGCUCUGCUGCUACCACUCUACAACUAUGCGCCCUGGUACAAUUUGCUGACUUUGCUCCUCUUCCUUGGACUGACGUCGCUAAUCUUCGUGUACUUCUUGACAUUGGUGCUUUCGGCCACACUUCUAGCUGUGACCUUGGUUUUACUUUCGGGUAUCCUGGCAUUUUAUUUGAUUCAACUUGUUGGAGAGCAGGCGCUUAUAUAUAAUGUUAUAUAUAUAGUUAUAUGUAUUGCUUACCUGACUCCUUUGGUAGCUGGUUAUUAUUGCCUGGCCAAAUGCUUCCAGUUCAGUACCUUGUGCGCUGAUUCUAAUUUUGAAUCUGAAGAUCCAGACCUUGCCUUUUUGAAAAAUGUGAGUUGCGUCAACCCUAUGGCUGUUGAAUCAGCAGGAUGUGUGUGUAAAAAUCUGAUGCUGUAUCCUGAAAUGCUUGGCAUGAUUGCUGGAGCUAUUAUUUUUUGGACAAUAAUGAUGUUCUAUGAGUACGGAAGCUGUAUAUGGUACAAAUUCAAAGGUUGUUGCACACCCAGCCCAAUGGGUUCGAUUGAGGAUCCCAAAGUUGCAAAGGAGGCAGAAAAAAUAAAAAAUAUGGAUGCAGAGCAGAUAGAAAGCCGGGCACUAGUCGUAGAGGAAGUUUCUAAAAAAUAUAGCUGCGGCCCGCUGGCCGUGAAUAACAUAUCCUUCGCUCUUAAACCCCACUUUUGUUUAGGACUUCUUGGACCCAAUGGAGCCGGAAAGACAAGUACGUUCAAAAUGAUCGUCGGCGAGCAAUCGAUAGAUAGAGGAAAUAUAUAUAUUGCGGGCUAUAGCAUGAAAACGAACCGCAGAAAUGCAAUGAAGGAACUCGGCUACUGUGCUCAGUUUGAUUCGUUCUUCGAAUUUUUUACUGGCCGUCAAAUGGUCAAGUUUUUCCUGCAGUUACGUGGCACUGAAACCAAAAAGCUGACGAAACGAUCUGAGCAACUUGCUGAUCAGUUCGGAUUCAGAAAGCACUUGGAUAAAAAGAUUAAGUACUACAGUGGCGGUACAAAACGAAAAAUCAACGCGGCGGUUGCUUGUGGAGCGAAAUCUCUUAUUUGUCUGGAUGAGCCCAGUGCAGGAGUGGAUCCUGCCUCGCGACGUCACGUUUGGAACAUUAUCGACGAGACGGCCAGCAAGGGAAAAGCAGUACUUCUGACCUCCCACAACAUGGACGAGAUAAAUGCCCUUUGCUCGAAGAGCGUUAUCCUGGUAAACGGUAGCAUUUACGCCAUGGGAUCGAAUCAGCACGUUAAAAGCAAAAUUUGCAAUAGACUGGCACUCAAAUUGGUUGUAAACGUUAAAACGGAUGACAUGUCUAGAGCCCUUAUUAAGAUUGAGGAUGAAGUAAAAAAUACCUUUCCCAAAGCGAUUCUUAAAGAAAACUACGAGUUCAGUGGGAGGAUUACAUUUGAAAUCCCUGAGGAGGAUAGCAGCUGGUCGAAAGUCUUUGAUUUUGUCGAAGGCAAUCGCGGUCCGUGGCAGCUGGCCGACUACUCUAUACAACAGCCGUCUUUCGAGGAUAUAUUCGAGGAGAUUGGCAAACAGAGAAAAUUUAACAAGAGGACCUUUAUAUAACUAGUUUUAUAUGCCAUGAAUUUAUUAUUUUUAGAUUCAUAUGCUUAUACUUUGUAUCCAAAAUUUAUAAUGAAAUUUGUACUGCAGUGUAUUACGA